AUGGCGGAGCCUCCCGAGGAGCCGCCGCCCGAGGCGCGGGCCGGCCCGGCAGCAGGCCGGGACCGCGGCCCCCAGGAACAGGAGCGGGCGGAGGAGGGCCCCGAGCGGCCGCCUUAUGAGGGCUUUGAACCUGAAGAGGCCCCUGCCCGGCCUCUGCAGCCGGAGCCGGGACGCGCUCCCUAUGGAUACCAGAAGGUGAGGCAAGUUUCUGGUCAGCCGCAAGAGCUGGUCUAUCAGCCACAUGCACCUGGCCAGGACCCUUACGAAGCACAAGACCAAGGAGGAGCUGUCUAUCCGCUUCACACACCGGGACAGCUACCCUAUCAGUCACCGACGCCGGAGCAGUACCUCUAUCAGCCACUCGGAGCAGAGCAAGCCUCUUACGAGCCAGAGGUGUCGGAAGUAGACGUCGGUGAGAGCUACACACUGGGACAAGACUCUUACCGGGCACAGGAAUCAAGGCAAAGCACCUAUGAGUCAUAUGCACCAGAAUUAGACCUUUAUCAAACACAUGAACCAGGAAGUGCCUAUGAGGCAUACGCAGUAGAAGAGGAUCCCUAUCAAGUUUAUGAACCUGGGCAUGGCCCCUAUCAACCACAUGAACCAGGCUAUGGUCUCGAUCAGCCAGGAUACAGUCCAUAUGAUGAUCAGAUGCCAGACCCUAACCCCCGAAUUCUGGCAAUUCAGAAUGCAAAAGCCUAUUUGCUGAAGAGCAGCACAACAUCUGGCCUGAACUUAUAUGAUCACCUUGCUGACAUGCUAACAAAGAUCCUGGACGAACAGCCUACAAAUGCAGUAGACGUAAUUGAGAAUAUCAGCAAAGAUGUGAAGUGGGCCCAGUUUCAGAAAAAAAUGGAUACUCUCCGUGAUGAGCAUGAGAUUCUUCCAACAUUUGAAGUUGCAGAAAAGCGUAAAGCUUUGUUCCUUAAGGCACAUGGAGAAGGAGAUGAAGAGCUAGAAGACGAGAUAGCAGAGACUCCUCUACCCAAUGUGAUGGAAACAGCCUUUUAUUUUGAACAGGCUGGAAUUGGCUUAAGCAAAGAUGAAACCUAUCACAUAUUCCUUGCCCUUAAACAACUAAUAAGUGUUCAGCCAAUCCAGACCUGUCGCUUUUGGGGCAAGAUUUUAGGGCUGGAGAUGAACUAUAUUAUAGCUGAAGUACAGUAUCAUGACAGGGCAGAGGAGGAGGAAGCAGAAGAGGAAGAAGAUAAUGAGGAAGGAGGGAAAGGGAUGGGUGAGGACAAAGAAGGAGAUGAAGAUGAAGAGAAAGAAGAAGAUGAUGAACCACCACAGUCCACCUAUAAGCCCCCACCUGUCAUCCCAAGAGAAGACAAUGGGACUGGGACUAAUAAGUAUAUCUACUUUGUCUGUAACGAGCCAGGCAAACCCUGGGUGAAGUUGCCUCCAGUGACUCCAGCACAGAUUGUCUGUGCCAGGAAAAUCAGGAAGUUCUUCACUGGUAGGCUGGAUGCUCCUGUUGUGAGCUUUCCCCCUUUCCCUGGAAAUGAGGCCAAUUACCUGCGUGCACAGAUAGCUCGGAUCUCAGCAGGAACCCAGAUCUGUCCCAUUGGAUUUUACCAGUUUGGAGAGGAGGAAGGAGAUGAAGAGGAAGAGGGGGGAGGAGGAAGAGAUACAUAUGAAGAAAAUCCUGAUUUUCAGCCCCUUUCUGUGGUUGAAAUGGUGGAUUCUCUGUCCAUGUGGGUACAUCAUACACAGAAUAUUCUAAAGCAGGGUCGCUGUGUUUGGCUUAAUCCUUUUCAAAAAUCAGAAGAAGAAGAAGGUGAAGAGGAGGAGAAAGCAGAGGAGAUAGAAGAAGUACAGCAGGAAAUAGGACCUCCUCUUCUCACUCCAGUCUCUGAAGAUGAAGGGAUUCAAAAUAUCCCUGCUUGGACAGCUCAGUAUUCUACAAACCUGGUCCCUCAAUAUGCUGUUGCAAUCCUUCAGUCUAAUCGAUGGCCUGGAGCAUAUGCCUUUGCAUCUGGCAGGAGAUUUGAUAAUAUCUACUUAGGCUGGGGUCACAAAUACAGUCCAGAAAACCAUACGCCCUCACUGCCUCCACCAGUGCAAGCAGAAUAUCCUAGUGGGCCAGAAAUCACAGAGACAAAUGACCCUACUGUGGAAGAGGAACAAGCUCUCAAGGCUGCACAGGAAGAAGCCUUAGCGGCAGCUGAGGAAGAGGAAGAGGAGGAAGAAGAGGAUGAGGAAGAGGAUGAGGAGGAGGAUGAUUGA